ACCUGGACUAUCGGCAGAGAAGGACAAGGUGCGAGCGAAGGGGAAUACAGGAGAGAGAGAGAGAGAGAGAGAGAGAGAGAGAGAGAGAGAGAGAGAGAGAGAGAGAGAGAGAGAGAGAGAGAGAGAGAGAGAGAGAGAGAGAGACACACACACAAGGCGCAGCGGGCUGGAGAGAGAGAGAGAGACCCUCUCUACCCUCUCCCCGGGACGGCCGGACACAAGAUGAAAAGCCAAAUCAGCAACGUCGUGUCUGACUUCUUCUUUGAGUACGAGACCCAGCGGCAGGUGCUGGUGCGGAACCGGCGGGUCGGGGUGGUCUGCCGACUGAUCCAGCUGGGGGUCCUAGGCUACAUCAUCGGGUGGGUCUUCAUCUAUGAGAAGGGCUACCAGUCGACCGACACAGCGGUCAGCUCCGUCUUCACCAAGAUGAAGGGGGUGGGCUACACCAACAGGUCCGGGCUGGAGCAGAUCUGGGACGUGGCCGACUACGUCUUUCCGUCUCAGGGGGACGCCUCUUUCGUGGUAAUGACCAACUUUAUACUUACUGAAAACCAGACCAUGGGAAAAUGUCCGGAGCUCCCUGGCAAGGACAACUGCUCCACUGACGCCGAAUGUGAAGAAGGUAGAUUCAAACGUACGGGAAAUGGUCACAUGACAGGGCUCUGCCUGAAACAAACGGGCACCUGUGAGGUGUUAGCGUGGUGUCCAGUGGAAAAUGACAAGACCAUCCCAGACCCUCCUCUGUUGAUGUCUGCUGAGAACUACACCUUGUUCAUCAAGAACUCCAUCACCUUCCCGCUAUUUGAUGUCACUAGGAGUAACUUGGUGGAGGGCAUUGACGGCAAAUACAUCAGCAAGUGUCUCUACCACCCGGACAACGACCCGCUCUGCCCCAUCAUGAGGCUCGGAGACAUCGUCAAGUUUUCCGGCUUCAACUUCACCACCAUAGCCAAAGUGGGUGGGGCCAUCGGCAUCUUGGUGGACUGGACCUGCAACCUGGAUCGGGCCGUGAGGCACUGCAAGCCUUUUUACACCUUCCACGGUCUCUAUGGCAACCCAGGGGAGACGGACAAGGCCAGGGCAUCGGUGGGCUACAACUUCAGAUAUGCCAAGCAUUAUAUGGAAGAAGGGCAGGCUAAAAGAACGCUUAUCAAGGUGUUUGGCAUCAGGAUAGACAUCAUUGUGCAGUCACUGGCUAGAAAAUUCGACAUCAUACCAACACUGACAGCAAUAGGCUCCGGAGUGGGAAUCUUUGGAGUGGCAACUAUAGUCUGUGACUUAGUGCUUCUUUACGUACUACCAAAGAGAGAAUUUUACAAGAACAUGAAAUAUAAAUACACAGAUACACAUCAACAGGACGUUGACUCAGAAGAAGGUAGCACAGAGAAGGAAGCAGAUACCAUAGAGAAAGAAGCAGCCAAAGAGUGACCGAGGCAUCUGCAGAAGAGUUACCGUGGAUAACAAUAACACACACACACACACACACACACACACACACACACGCACACUUCAAACAAAAAAAUGCAAACACCUUUACCGUCAUUGGCAAUGAUAUGAUUGAUUGAUUUCAACAAAUUGUAAAUAUGUAAAAAAAAAAAACAUAUAUAUAUAUAUAUACAAGCAGGGAAUUGAGUUGUACAUUUAGUUUAUCAACGAUUAUUGUAUAUUAUUUUUGCAGUCUUUCGUAAGUUAUUGUCCUUGAAGAAACGGAUAUGCCAUCAACAAAAAACGAUACUCCCUCGUCAAUGGGUUACUGUGAUCCUUUUUGUGUGUCGAGACACCUAGACAAACAGAUUUGUGCAGCUCAGCUGUGUAUGCGCGUGUGUUUGCACUUCUUUGGGUGCAGCUCAGGUCAGUUUUGGUUGGGUGUAACCUCUAUACGAGCGUGUCCGUCUGAACUGAAGCGACAGCACACGGUUUAGUGGCACGACCGCCGCCCCUCCCACACACGCCGCAGUUUACACAAGUCUGUGGUCCUCUGUUUACUGUCUCUGUGGGUGAAUUUAUUUUCUUAAAGCCACCCUUUAGUGCAAGGGGUGUCAAGCUAGGGGGGCCACAAAGAAAUCGGAUACUGACCGCUAACUGUCUUAUAUUGAGGUACUUUUACCCCACAAUAAUGGCUGUGAAGAGAUAAUUUAUCCCUCAUGUUGAAUGUUGAUCGACCAUCCCCAGAUAUCGUUUUCAGAGUCCUGUACACAUCCGUCUCAUCCGAUCAUAUGAAAGGUCGUUUUCAUCCGACCUCGUGAAACAUAUAUCCUCAUGUAAGCAUCCCUGUGCUAUUUAUCGUUGGUGUGUCUCAUCAAGUGGGCGGGCUCACAACAGACAACCUGAGCGGGUAUAGUGUUGACGAUAAAGUUACGGGUUACAAUUUCCCAGCAGCAACACACACGUCUCGGUCGACCUCCCUGAUGGAGGAUAGCCCAACCCCUAGUAAAUAGUAGGCUGUCAGAGAAAACCGUAGAGCGUUUAUAUAAGUGAUUCCAAGUUCGCAGUGUACCCUAUUUUGAUGUUGCAAUAAGUGGUGGAUGGGAGAAAUGCAGUAGGCCAACAACGUGUUCCGUCGUUUAAUGAUCCUGCUGUGUUAGUUUGUCUGUUACACUCCUGUUUUGGUCCACUGGUUGUUUGUCAAGCGUUCUUAUGAAUACAAAUAAAUUGAAGGUGAAAAUCAAAUGAACCUGCCAUUUUCUUUAUUACCGUAUUAUUAUCAUCAUUACAUUAUGGUGUACAAAAAGCAUGCAAAAAAUAGCUUCUUUAUAUUUCCGUACAUAUUUACAUUGACAUAACCGUUGCAUUUCAUAUAGGUGUGCCAUGCUUUUGUUUCGUAUAUGUUGGGAUUUGAUAUAGAUCGUUGAGUACGGGACAUUCAGAGAAAUGCAACAUGAAAAACAUAUCCAGCGACCAUGCUGAAAACACCAGUCACACACCUUGCCAGAAUAUAUAUUCACACACACCUGAUUCUUUUCAUCCAAUAAAAUGAGCCUGAAAAUGGGUUUGUUUUUGUUCUCGGAUGAACACUAAUACUGAUGCAGAAUAAUUGAUAGUUUCUCCCUACUCCAUUGUAAUAAAUAACCCUCACAGCCUCCACAUAGAAUCAACAAUAACAAUCCAUCGGCUGCUUUCAACUACUAGCAGCCAGGCUAGACAAUGGCAGCCUGGCUUGACAAUGACAGCUCUGUGCAGAGGUCACAGGUCACCUUGCCAACGGCAGUCACUGCAUCUCUGACGUGAGCACAAACUUCAUUACAUUCUAACGGGGUUUUUUGUGCGACCAGACAGGUGCAGCAUAGUAGCAGUACUGCUAGUGAAAGAAAACAAUAAUUGCUUUAGCCUAGAGCGGUAUUUAUUUUGUAAUGGUCAGGAGGUUUGGUGUAUUUCCUGUAGACUUGAAUGGUAAAAUGCUCGGGCAACAGUAUAAAGUAGGAAAGUGCAAAUAUUCAACGGUAUUAAAUUAGAAAAAACAAACAAAAUAAAAAACGCCUUCACAGGGAUCAAGUAAAGCUUUAGACGCGGGCGGCCUGAGAGCUCUGGGUAAGACAAAGACGACGCUUACGACAAUAUUGCACAUCGACAUAGAUAGCAUGUAGACCACUCACAUUGACACACGAGACGCAUUGUCACGAGCACUGUAUUAGUGUUCACUCUAUAUCUAUAUUUGCGUGCGUAUCUUCUAGCUUUUCACCCGCGGUGAGGGACAUGAAGCUUAUCCUCGCGGUGGUCAUCUCAGCCCUUGGUAAACAGUAACCCUGCGCACGAACAUUCUCCUCGACGAAAACAGCGGCUACUCCACAUGUUUGAGAGGACAGAGACAGGAAAACAAACCAAGCCAGGCGUACUCACGCACGUCCGUGACAUUGCAUACACAUCGGACAUCACAACAUAAAAAACAGAAUGCGAGAGGACAGCCUGUCCUCCCCGUGACCCCCCUACAGUACACGGCCGGCAUGGUGCUUCCCAGUGUUCAUCAGCCGUGCGCAGUCUCCGUUCGGAUGGUUGCCGGCGCCGUUGCUGUGGUUCAUUGAAUAUUCGCCAGACCGCCAUGAAACCAGGAGUCAGAAAUGCAACACACUGCACUUAUUCCUUUCUAAUCAGCCUCAUGAGGAUCACCACACUGACUGGUUGAAGGGGUGACGGUGUUGGCGGUGUGAUGGUGGGCGCUGGAGAGCGAUCACAGCCAAAAAACAAAGCCGUCAUCCACAAGACAAUGUGCCGGGCUGGAAAGUGAUAGGGGGGUGGAUGAAUGCAAAUCCCAGGCAGUCCUGGGGCUGAUGGCAGAGUAGGUUUGUGUCGUGCACCUUGCCGUCACGUGCACUUUCCCACACAUGUGGAAACGACGGUUUGUGUGUGCAUGUGUUUGAUGUGCCCAUCGCAAGUAUACAGGGGAAGGGCACAGGGACACUCACAGACAGGACAAACACAACAAUCAGGUAAACGUGAGACAGAUUUCUUCAUGGACAGACGUAGAAAAGCAACAUCUAGAAAGGAGAGGAAGUACGAAAAAAGAUUCAAAGUCACUUUAGACACCCUGCUUAAUCUCUGACUUAAUCUCAGACUGCAAUCAGUAGAAGUACAGCCCUAAUCAGAAACAUCAUGAAGAUGAUGCGGGGGCGGUUGGUGAGGAAAGAAAACUCAUCACCAUCGAUCUUCCAGCUACAGAGGAUGGUGGAUGGCCGCACAUAGACCACCGCUUGAUGAGUCAGAGCCACACAAUGACAGAUAACACCACAUCGCACCGUCAUCAAAUAACCCAUCACUGUUCAGAAAUAAAACGGUUAAAAAAAGCCCUGUGUUUUUGUGUGAUUUUUCUUCCCUUUUUGUCGGUAGCAUGCGAGGCACUGUCCUUUGGCAUGCUUAUGUUUUUUUGUGCGUUGUAGUACUGGGAUUCUUGCGCUAUACCGUAGGUAGAGCUUUCCAGUUAUUAGUUUUUUUUUUGCAGAAGUAAAGUUGCUGGUAGAGUCAGCAGUCUGUUGUGUUAUUGGAGGUAAUAUUCACCAUGCAUUGGAGGAAUUGUAUGAUUCUGAAUUUUUGGACAUUCAUAAUUCAUAUAUAUAUAUAUAAGUCCUAUUCCUGUUAGGCGCAACAUAACGGCAUAUACACCGUUAUUACAUGCUCUGACGGUAAACAGAAGGGGAAGGUCUGGUGUUAAGGAUCUAACCAUCCAUGUGAGUGGAUGACAUCAUACAGGUGAGUGGAUGACAUCAUACAGGUGAGUGGAUGACAUCAUACAGGUGAGUGGAUGACUUCA